CCGGCCCCGGAAGUACUUACCCUACAUCCCGCCCCCAACAUGGCGGCGCCCAGUUCCUUGGGGCAGUACCUGCUUCUGCUUCACCUCUAAUGUUAGCCUUGGAGGAGUCGGCGGGACCAUGGACGGGCCGGGCUUCACGGCCUCGCUGGUGGCUGGAGGAGUAGCAGGUGCCUCUGUUGACUUGAUCUUAUUUCCUUUGGAUACUAUUAAGACAAGGCUGCAGAGUCCCCAAGGAUUCAACAAGGCUGGUGGUUUCCGUGGAAUAUAUGCUGGUGUCCCUUCUACAGCUGUUGGGUCCUUUCCUAAUGCUGCUAUGUUUUUUCUCACCUAUGAAUAUGUGAAAUGUUUGCUGCACACCGACUCAGCUUCACACUUCAGGCCCGUGAAGCACAUGCUGGCUGCCUCUGCAGGAGAAGUGGUUGCCUGCUUGAUUCGAGUUCCUUCUGAAGUGGUUAAACAGAGGGCACAGGUGUCCGCUUCUUCAACAACCUUGCAGAUCUUUUCUGCUAUAUUAAAUGAAGAGGGGAUCCAAGGACUGUACCGAGGCUAUAAAAGCACAGUUCUGAGAGAGAUUCCUUUCUCCUUGGUCCAGUUUCCCUUGUGGGAAGCCUUGAAACAGUUCUGUGACUCCAGAUGUAGAAAUGGCGAGGAUGCUGUCUGGACGUCUCCUGACUGUUGGGUCUCGCACACAGGUGGCUUUGCAGCUGCGGUUACUACACCUUUGGAUGUGGCUAAGACAAGGAUCAUGCUGGCCAAGGCGGGCUCCAGCACUGCUGUUGGGAAUGUGCUCUCGGCCAUGCAUGCGGUGUGGCGCGCACAGGGACUAGCAGGGUUAUUUGCAGGUGUCUUCCCACGAAUGGCAGCAAUCAGCAUGGGCGGCUUCAUCUUUCUGGGUGCCUACGACCAGACCCGCAGCUUGCUGUUAGAAGUGGGUAGGAAGAGCCCAUGAAGCAGACACUGCGUGUCCCUGGAGAAGAGGGAUGCUGGCUGCUGUGCAGCCCCUGCCUUCCUGUGACUGGCGAAGUCGACGCUGCAGUGUGGCACCUUGAGAGGGCUGCAGAGUGCAGCCCUGAGUGUCGUCCAUGGAAACUAUCCUCGGUGGACCUCCAGACCAACAUCUCCACCCCUUAAUAAAUACUUCAGCGUUCUUGUUUGAUCAGUG